UGACUACUGUAAGAAUGAGGAACAAGGCAGGACAACAGAGAACUCUUAAUUGUUCAGAGAACCCAGAGAACUCUGUCCCCUCCCCCGCAUCCCUGCAGAAUGUUGAGUCUGAAAGUAUGAACAGGUUAACAUGUCAGGGGACCAUGACCCGUGGAGGAUGAACAAUGAUCUAACGCACAGAACUGGCUGAGUCUCUGUAGAUACAGGGCUCAUCUCCAUGAACGUCAAAGGAACUUAAGCAACACCGAAGCUCUUCCACUUGAAAGAAGUCCCUGUGCUGUACAGAACCACCAAGGUCAGGAGAAAAGAAAGAACAAAGACACAGCCUGAGGUCGUGGGAUUCAUGCGGGGAGUAGCCCAUAAGGCACAGGCACAGGUCUGGGUUCCUGGGUCUAUAAAAGCAGAGAGCUUCCGCUGAUGGACAUACAUCCUCCAUCAUCAACAAUUUGUUUGAGCCAUGUCGGUGAGAGGCUUUGCCUCCGGUCUCUCUUCCCUGCAGAUCAGGCAAGUAACCUUAAAGGAAGCUAAACUAACACCUCACAUCUGGGCUGUACAGCACUGGAACCUGGGUCUGAGACUAGUGCCAGGACACACAUCUGUCAGAGUAGGGAUCUUGGUGCUACUGAUUCUUCUCCCGAGCACAUUCUGUGACAUAGGAUCUGUAUAUAAUUCUUCCUAUGAAACAGUCAUCCCCAAGAGACUGCCAGGCAAGGGGAGUGAAGAUCCUGGAGGGAAGGUAUCCUACAUGCUGUUGAUGCAAGGCCAAAAGCAGCUGCUUCACCUCGAGGUAAAGGGACACUACUCUGAGAAUAACUUCCCAGUCUACAGUUACCACAAUGGCAUCCUGGGGCAAGAAAUGCCUCUCCUCUCCCAGGACUGCCACUAUGAAGGCUACAUGGAAGGGGUGCCAGGCUCCUUUGUUUCUGUCAACAUCUGUUCAGGCCUCAGGGGAGUCUUGAUUAAAGAGGAAACAUCCUAUGGCAUUGAGCCCAUGCUCUCUUCCCAAACCUUUGAACAUGUCCUCUACACCAUGGCACAUCAGCCUGUGGUCUCCUGCAGUGUCACUCCUAAAGACAGCCUGGGGAACACCAGCCACCAACAAAGGAGCAGGAUGCCCGAUGACCUACUGGUUCUGUCUGACUUGUGGUCAUACACCAAGUAUGUGGAGAUGUUUGUUGUGGUCAACCAGCAGCGGUUCCAGAUGUGGGGCAGUAAUGUCAACAAGACGGUCCAGGCAGUAGUGGAUAUCAUUGCUCUGGCCAACAGCUUCACUAGGGGAAUAAACACAGAGGUGGUGCUGGUGGGCCUGGAAGUGUGGACAGAGGGGGACCCGAUAGAAGUCCCGGUGGACCUGGAGGCUACACUCAGGAAUUUCAACUUCUGGAGACAGGAGAAACUCGUGGGCCGGGUCAGGCAUGAUGUGGCACACUUGAUUGUUGGGCAUCGCCCAGGAGAGAACGAGGGCCAGGCGUUUCUCGAUGGUGCCUGUUCGGAUGAGUUUGCGGCGGCUGUGGAGGCCUUCCAUCAUGAAGAUGUCUUCCUGUUUGCCGCGCUCAUGGCCCACGAGCUCGGGCACAACCUGGGUAUCCAGCACGACCACCCGAGCUGCAUCUGUGGUCCUAAGCACUUGUGCCUCAUGCAUGAGAAGAUCAGGAAGGACAGUGGCUUCAGCAACUGCAGCUCUGACCACUUCCUCCAUUUCCUCCACGAGCACAGAGGGGCCUGCCUGCUUGACGAGCCUUGGCGCCAGAGCCGCAAGCGCAGAGAUGCCCGCUGUGGAAAUGGUGUGGUGGAGGAUCCGGAGGAGUGUGACUGCGGUAGUGCCUGUGACAGCCACCCAUGCUGUGGGCCAGCAUGUACACUGAAGGAGGGUGCACAGUGCAGUGAGGGACUCUGCUGCUACCAAUGUACAUUCAAGAAGAGAGGGAGCUUAUGUCGCCCUGCUGAAGACGUGUGUGACCUUCCCGAGUACUGUAAUGGCAAUUCUCAAGAAUGCCCUGCAAACAGCUACAUGCAGGAUGGCACACAAUGUGAUAGGAUUUACUACUGCUCUGGGGGUUGGUGUAAGAACCCUGAUAAGCAAUGCUCAAGAAUCUAUGGGUAUCCUGCAAGAUCUGCCCCUGAGGAAUGUUACAUUGCAGUUAAUACUAAAGCGAACCGGUUUGGAAACUGUGGACAUCCCACCUCGGCUACCUUAAGAUAUGAAACAUGUUCCGAUGAGGAUGUAUUUUGUGGGAAACUGGUAUGUACAGAUGUUAGAUACUUGCCACAAGUCAAACCCCUGCACUCACUCCUCCAGGUUCCUUAUGGGGAUGACUGGUGUUGGAGUAUGGAUGCCUAUAACAUUACUGAUAUUCCUGACUAUGGAGAUGUGCAGAGUGGCACCUACUGUGCUCCUAACAAAGUCUGCAUGGAGUACAUCUGCACUAGUCAUGGGGUGCUCCAGUAUGACUGUGAGCCACAGGAAAUGUGUCAUGGGAAUGGUGUGUGCAACAAUUUAAAGCACUGUCACUGUAAUGCUGGCUUUGCCCCUCCUGACUGCAGCAGCCCAGGAAAUGGGGGGAGUGUGGACAGCGGUCCUGUUGGUAAGGUGACUGAUCGAAACUUGAGUCUUAUCACAUUUGAGGAGAGUCAGGAUGCUACGAUGGAGGAUGACGAGGUAAACCUGAAAGUGCUGCUGCUUGUGAUCCCUAUAUUUCUCAUCGUUUUACUGUGUGUUCUAAUGUUCAUCGCCUACCUCUGGUCUGAAGUACAAGAAGCAGUAUCUCCAGGGAGUUCGUCAGAAGAGUCAGAGUCAGAAUCCUGGUCCGAGUCAUAGGACUGAAGUUUUGUUUCAUGGCUUGUUGUUCUGGAUGUCUUCUAUCUGCAGGGCACUUCCUACUAAGUGGCCUUUUAGGGCAUGCCGCACCUACACUGUUUAGUGUCAUAUGUUUUAUAUAUCCUUGUGUUGCUCAUCUCAGUAACAACUGGGUAUUAUAUCUUGAAUGUUCUUAAGGGAUCUAAAUGUUCUAACUUGCCCUGUCAGCUACUGUUCAUAAAAUAGAAGUCAUUUUAAAUAAAUAUAACUAAUAAGACC